AAAAGAAAAAGAAAAAGAAAAAGAAAAAGAAAAAUAGAAGAUCCCAUGCAGUGAUUAUAUAAUUCCCCCACAACCCCUUUCAUUUCUUCCUCAAAGCCAAAACCCCCACAUUUCGUCUUCUCCGACCUUCUCUCUAAUUUCUUGAGCGAAAUAACACGAAGCAAAAGCCAUGGCGCUGACGAGGAAAUCGAGCAAACUCUCCCAGACGGCGGUCCUCAAGCAGAUCCUCAAGAGGUGCUCGAGCUUAGGGAGGAGACAGCAGCUGCAGCAGCAAGGCUACUACGACCACUCUGCCGAGGCACAAGCACUUCCGUUGGACGUCCCGAAGGGCCACUUCGUUGUCUACGUUGGGGAGAAGCGCACGCGGCACAUCGUCCCAAUCACGCUCCUUGAUCGCCCAGAGUUCCAGAUGCUGCUACACAGGGCCGAGGAGGAGUUCGGGUUUGACCACGACAUGGGCCUAACCCUGCCAUGCGAAGAGGUCGUGUUCCAGUCGCUAACUUCAUCGAUGCUCCGAUGACCAACUUGUUGCUGGCUAUCGAUCACCUUCUGCUUAUCUUUUUGGUUACGGUGGUUGAUCUGACCCGAAAGACCCAUAAUAAUGAUUUGGGUUUUUGGAUUUUGUAAUUAAAUUGCCGGGGUCGGGUCAUAUUUAGCUCACCGUGGUGUACGCGGAUAAUUUUGUAGCCGCAACAGCGGGAAAAAAGAACAUUACUGAAACUUCAUUACUUGAAUAUAUGAGUAAAUUUUU